AUGAUGAACAACAUCCUUGGGUGGUUUGCCCUGUUUGCAUUCUGUGGCACGGUCAUUCGGUUGCUGGCACCCGGAGACGGCUACCAUUGCGAAAGCACGCUUGAAAGCAGUGGAAUGUGGCUCCAGCCAGCGGUGGGACGAUAUCAGCCUCCUCGAAAUUGGCAGCCCAAGCAGUGUAUGCUUCGGACCUUUGACCGAGCGUCCACGGCGCAAUGUCUGACCAACGAAACGUCGCUGUUCAUUGGCGACUCACACGCCCGGGAAAUGUUCUGGGCCGUGGUGAAGGAUCUUGAUCCCAACUAUGACACAACCAACGUGGAGAAACACUCCAACAUUGAGGUGGCGAUCGACGGAGUCUCUCUCAAGUUCUUCUGGGACCCCUAUUUUAACAACGACGGCAUGUUUGAAAUGUCCAAGAUCGCCAACGAUCAAGAACAGAAGGAACGCAUCAAAAUGGUGCACAUCUCAACAGGCAUGUGGUACAUUCACAACAAAGAAGACAAAGACGCGGGUUUCAAGGAGUGGAAACAGGCAUUGAGACGACUCAAUGAGAUUGUGGCUGCCCAGGAUGACGCUGGAAGGAGAGCGCUGGAGUUCAUCACUGUGUCUCCCAUGCUGCUCCCAGAUUACGUUACUCUCACAGAACUUAAGGAUGAGGCACAUCUCAAGGGCUUGGACGCUCAGUACCUCUCGCGAAUGAACACCUAUCUGGACCACAACUUCAAUAAGAACCCUUACAGAAAGACCCGUAUAUCUGUGCCCUUCUCGUUUGUGGAUAUGCGUAACAAGGGUGGAAGAGCAGCUUUCAAGAGGGAUGGUAUUCACCUGAACACUGACGUGUACAAGACCAUGUCUGAUAUUCUCAGAAAUGUGCGGUGUAACCAGGAGCUUCUGGAUCAUAAGUACGACAUUACCAACGGACCUGUCUACCCCUUUUCAGACACCUGUUGUAUCCACUACAAGCAGCCCCGAACUAUGGGCCAGGUGCUUCUCCUGGGCGUCAUCUGUGCAAUCCUGCCUAUUAUUUAUCUGGGCCAGAGAUACACCCGGUCAGAUUAUUAUCCCCGUUUUGUGCGCUAUGUUUCUUGGCCUGUGCCUUCCAUCCAGGACGAGACUCUUCUCACCGCAUGUGUUGUCAUUGCUGCAUCUCUGGCAUACUCCUUCUUCUGUGAUAGAACUCAAUUCUUUGGUAAGAGUUCUAAACAGUUUGAAGCUUCCGAGUUUUGGGUCCUUAUCCUGCUCUUCCUGGUCGCUACUGGCUACUCCUUUGAACCUCAGAACGAUAACUCUUUCCUCAACCGUCACCAGACCGAGGAGUGGAAGGGAUGGAUGCAGAUCAUCAUUCUCAUCUACCAUAUCACAGGUGCUUCUAAGAUCUUGCCCAUCUAUAAGUUUGUACGAGUGCUGGUGGCUGCCUAUCUGUUUAUGACAGGCUUUGGACACGCCACUUUCUUCAUCAAGAGGGGCGAUUUCUCUCUCAAGAGAGCCACUUCUGUUCUCUUCCGAAUGAAUUUCCUUUCCAUUCUCCUGGCGUACGUGAUGGACACCGAUUACCUGUUCUACUAUUUUGCUCCUCUAGUGUCGUUCUGGUUUUGUGUCGUCUGGAUCACCUUCCGAGUCUUGCCCUCCUGGAACUCCAUCGACACCUCUGUGGGCCCUGUACUCGCUAAGAUUUCUGCUUCUGCCGUGAUUCUUAACAUUCUUGUGCGAUUCCAGCUGCCCUUCCAGAUUGUCUUCGCCGUGUUAAAGUACCUGUUUAACAUACAGUGGAACCUGCGAGAGUGGCGAUUCAGACUCAUUUUGGACAUUUACAUUGUCUACAUUGGCAUGUUUGCCGCUGUGGCUACUCUGCGAUACAAACAGGGCAACUUCCCUCUCAAGAACUUGGUCACCAACAGGCUCGUGCUUGGAGUUGUUGCACUCAUCACCUUUAUUGUUUACAUUGCGGUCGCUGCUUCCUUUGGUAUCAAACAGAAUUACAACCAGGCCCAUCCUUACAUCUCAUGGAUGCCUAUUGUGGCUUUUGUGAUUCUUAGAAACAUUACUGUGCGAUUUAGAAGCCACUACUCCACAUGGAUGUCUUUUAUUGGCACCUGCUCGUUGGAGACCUUCACUCUGCAAUUCCACUUCUUCCUGGCAGCUGACACCAAGGGUCGGCUGUACAUUUUGAACACCCCCACCUCCAGUGGAGUGCUUGGUAUGCUGCAGAAGUAUCUCAACUUUGGCCUCGUCACCGUCAUCUUCAUCAUUGUGUCGCACGCAGUGGCAGAGCAGAGCAACGCACUUACUAAGCUGUUCGUGGGCAACCAGGACCAGCAGCUGCCUGAGCAUGUCACAGCCCAGUCUCAGCCUCAGGGUGAGCAGAUUGACAUGGGAGACUCUGAGCCUCCCGUAUCGACUCGCAGACCUCCUGGACGGGUAGUGGCCUUCCUCAAAACCCACACUCUUCAGGUGAAGAUUGUUGUUGCCUUCGCUUUCAUGUGGGUUUUCAACAUGCUGCCAUAA